UUUGGAAGCGUGGCGCAUGCGCAUUAGUAUGUUUUCUGUCUAUUAUGGCCGUCGUGUAAUGAAACAGAGCUUAGCCAAAAGCUGGACUUGGUUUUGAAAGACACGACAUUCAGUUAUGCAAACGGAAAAGAGACGAACCAAAGAAGACACAUGGAGGCCAGAUGAAUUAAAGAGGCACAUUAGAGUAGCACAGGAUGACUCUGAUGUACUGAAAACAAGCAAACCAAGGAGAAACGAAGAAGGAAUAAAUGAUAAUGGCAUGGAUGCACGAGAGCUUAGGUACAAAGAGCGGGUGGAAGUAGAGAAGGGAAGACAUAGAAGCAGAGAGAGGACAACACAGAAGGAUGAGGAUAAAGAAAAGCAUCGUAGAAAGGAAGAGAGACACAGAGAAAGGGAAAUGGAAAGGGACGCCAAGCAUAGAAGCAAAGCAAAGGACAUUGAGGAAAAUUUACUAAGAGAUAGGGAACGAGAAAAGGACAAGAGAAGAGAGGGAGACAGAGAGCGAAGGAAGGAGAGAGAUGGUGACAGAGGUGAUGGGGAAAGAGAGCAAAGAACAGACAGAGAGAGGGCUAGGAGAAAAGAGGGUGAAAAAGAUCAGAGGAAACAUAGAGAGGACCGAGAAAGAAGAAAAGAGGAGGAGAAGGAACAAAGGAGAAACAGGGAGAGAGAGAGAAGCCAUGAUAGGGAGAGAAAAAAAGAUCGUGAUAGAGAGCAAAAGAAGGAGAGGGAUUAUGAGAAACACCGGGUAAAGGAGGGAGAAGGGGAACAACGUAAAGAUACUGGGGAUAUAAGAAAAGAGAGUGAGGUGUCUCAUAGAAAGGAGAGAGAUGGAGAGAAAGAUCAAUAUAGAGAAAGAAGAAAAGACCGUGAUAGGGAAGCACGAAAAGAGCAAGACAUGGACCGAGAGAGAAGAAAAACUGAAGGAAGAGAGCCUGAAAGAGAUACUGAUAAAGAAGAGAGACACAGGGAGAAAGAGAAAGAUCUUGAACGGGAAAGGAGAAAGGAAAGGCGCAGAGAAAGAGAACACAAUUAUCGAGAAGAUCGCAUAAAAGAGACAGAUAACGAUGAUAAAGACAUGGAAAAGGACAGAAAAAAAAGAGAUGGAAGAUCUAGAGACCAUUCCAAAUAUUCAGAAAAAGUAGAAAAUGAAGAAACAGGGAAGAGACAAAAAGAAAAAAGGAAUAAAGGUGAAAAAAGUUCGGAGGAUGAAGAACACGACAGAAAGGAUCAUAGAAGAGAGAGGAAGCACAGGCAAAAAAAGAGUUCUGAGCAAGAAGUUUCAGAAGAACUGCCUUCAAAGGCUGAAGUAAAUAGUCCCAAGCUAAGUUCUCAAAGGCAGCUGUCAAUGUGGAGAUCAAAUGAGAAGGGAUUGAGUGAUACAGAAGAACCAAUGGAAGAGAAAGAAGACAUUACUGUGGAGAAAGAUUAUGAAGAAUCAAAUGAUAAUUAUGAAGAUGAUUUUGAAGAUUAUGAUGAUGACUUUGAAGAUAUGGAUGACAACGAUGAAGAUUUUGAAGAUCCAUCACCAGAGGCAGAAGCCAAUUUUCCUGUCAAGAAUACAGAAAUUGAAGACAUCCAAAGAGCAAUAAAUGCUGAAAAUCAACGGGUUAUAAUAGGGCAGCAAGGACGUAAACUGGAAGAAAGUGAGGUUGUACAACAAGGACGAUCAGAUACUCAAGGUAGAGAUAGUCAUCGUGGAAAAUUCAUUGACUUUGUUGCAGCAAAACGUCGUGAAGUCAACCAAAAAGCUGCUAGUAAACAAAAAAAACGUACAACUGAGUUACUUCGCCUGAUUGAUCUUGACUUUUCAGUGAAUUUUUCUUUGCUGGAUUUACCACCUUUAAAUGAAUAUGACAUGUACAUAAGAAACUUUGGCACAACAAACACAAAGCAGGCAUAUGUGCAAUGUAAUGAAGACAAUGUAGACAGAGAUAUUCAAACAGAAAUUACUGAAACAACUGAGAAAUGGACUCAGCAUCCUGGCGAAAGCAGUAUUGUGUGUGGUGGGCCUAGUAUUAAUGGUGAAUCUUCAUUCAAGUCCCAAAACAAAAUGAACAUUGAUUCCCAAAGACUGUCAAACUUUUUGUGGUCUGCCUCUCAGGUGAUUGCCAUUUUAUUAGAAGAAGAUAGAGCAGGGAAGCAGUCUGAACAGAAUUUAUUAUCUCAGCCAGCUAGUUUGUCUUUUGGUGAUGGCUGUUUGAAUUUAAAUAUUAACCUUCCAUUGUUGCUUGGCAGGAACAUAUCAAUAUUGAAGUUCUCACCUGUACAAAAAAAUACAAUACUUUCUGUUCAUAGUCCUCUAAGAACACACAGUACACAUUUGGACACCAUGAGUAUAGUUUGUAUCUGGAAUAUUUGGGAGCCUUCAAGUCCUCAAAAGAUUCUUGUUUGUGAAUCAGAGAUAACUUGCUGCUGCUUCAGUCCAGUUAAGGCUGCUCUUAUAUUUGCUGGGACUUCAGAUGGUUCUGUAGUGUUGUGGGAUCUUCGGGAGCAUUUUAGCUUACAUUAUACAACAAAAAUAGGAGAUCAAGACUGGACUCUUCGAUAUCCUACUUUUUCAACCAAUGCCAUCUUUCCAGCAUCAAGUCAUUCAUAUCCUAUUAGAGCAGCUGAAGCAGUAUCAACAAACUUGGAAGACGAAAACAGCAAAGGAUUUUCUCUUCUUUCCUCCCCAGAAGAAACAUUAGGAUUAUCUUUCCUAAUAGCUUCUCUUGAUGAAAAUGGGGUCUUAAAUCUCUGGGUUGUGGUGGAGUUGCCCAAAGCUGAUCAGGCUGGUUCACUGACAGAUUUAGGCCUGAGACCAGGUGGCAAGAUAAAGCUUCUCCACAGUUCCUCUAUUUUAAUAAACAGCUCUCUCCAGAGAAAAUCACUGCAGGUCUCCCAGGCAGUUACUCUUAAAUUUCUACCUUCUGAUAAUAAUCAAUUUCUUAUCGGAACUGAAAUGAGUUUAGUAAAUCAUGGUACGAGGCAUGGAUUACAUGUACCUCAGAGGUUUUACAAGUCUCAGUCUGGCGUGAAGCCAGCCUCUGUUACCUCACUUGAAUUCUCUUCUUUUGAAGAAACCAUAUUUUUGGUAGGCUGCUCAGAUGGCAGUAUAAGACUACAUUCAGUGAUGACUGAGAUGCCCAUCAUGGAAUGGAACUACAGUACAAAUGGGGAAUCAAUAGUUUGUAUUCAGUGGGCACCCACAAGACCAGCAGUGUUCUUUGUUCUGGAUUCUGCUUCAUAUAUCUAUAUAUGGGAUUUGCUAGUCAAGGAUUAUGAGCCAAUAGUUAGGGAAAAAAAUCACUCUGACAAAAUUACAGCUAUGGCUGUAUUUGGGGAUCCAAAUAAACAAAAUGCACUAUCCGGAAUAUCACUUGCCAAGGAGUCUGGAAAAAUAGAAAUUCAGUACCUAACCAAAGAAUGGUCUGUGCCAGAACAUCAGGAAGCAAAAAAGUUUCAUGAAGCUUUAAUUGAGGAAUGCUGAAUAGUUCUGGAAAUGGUUUUGAUUUCUUGCACAGCUUUUUCUAUUUUUAUAGCUAGGUUUUUAUUUUAUAAAAAUAAAUUGUCUUUUGUAUACAGUAUCUUAAUUUAUAAAUUGUAUUCAGCUGUUCUUUGUUGAUAUUGUAUAGCUCAUUUAACUUUCCUGAUUACUCCCAAUGCAGUAUUAAAAAUACUAAACAAAACAUGAUCAGCA